AUGACAGCUGUCCGCCUGAACAAAGCGCCAGUAGUCACAGUGAUGCCUUCGGAACAGAAGCUCAGUCAACUUAAUGAUCUCGUCAUCGAUGGAUCAGGGAGUUCUGAUGAUGACCGAAUAGUGUCAUACAAAUGGGAUCUCAUUUCGGGCCCAAUUACGUCAUUUCCGGUCGAUGAGGGGGAGGCAACAUUCACUUCGCCCACCCUCAAGUUAAAGGGUGGAUUGGCCCCAGGAUUUUACAUGUUGAAGCUGACUGUGACAGACAGCGAUGGGGUGUCCAGUGCAGCAUAUGCCAAUGUAACUGUCAUCAAAGAGGUGGACUAUCCGCCAAAGGCCAAUGCAGGCAACAACAUCAUCGUCAGCCUCCCUAUAAAUUCUGUGACAUUGAAUGGCAACAUGAGUUCAGAUGACAAGAAGAUUGUCAGUUACGAGUGGACCAAGGUUUCUGAUGAACUUGCCACUGAUAUGGUGGGAGUUCGAACUCCUUACCUGGCACUUGGCAAUCUACAGGUUGGUGACUACACCUUCAAAUUAACAGUAAAAGAUCAAUCAAAUCAAACAGACCAAGCAGAUGUGCAUGUGAUUGUCAAACCAGCUCAGAAUCAAGCACCUGUCGCCAACGCGGGAUUGAACCAAACAGUUGUCCUCCCCGUCGACCUUGUUGUCCUCAACGCUUCUAACAGCACUGACGAUAAGAAAAUUAUUUCCUACCAAUGGAUCGUAAUAAGCGGUCCUCCAGGUGACACGAAGAUAGGGAACAGUAAUCAAUCAGUUGCUCGCUUGCUAUCUCCACGUUUGGGUGUUUACGUGCUGCAAGUUAAAGUUACAGACGAGGAACAUUUAUAUUCUGUGGCGAGCUCUGUCAUCACUGUCAAACAAAACCCCAAUGCACCUCCAGUAGCCAAUGCGGGCGGUGACUUUGCUGUUGACAUUCAAACAGGAAUGCUGGUCAAAAUAAAUGGGUCAAAGUCACGUGACGAUCGGGGAAUUGUUUCCUAUUUCUGGCAGAAGGGUCAGAAUAAUCCCGCCGUGGGGGAAGUAGUACCAGGCUCAGACCAUUCCCCCAUACUCCUGCUCAUCAACCUGGUUCCCGGGUUGUACACAUUCACAUUGAAAGUAGUCGAUGUUGAAGGAUUGGUUGAUACUGAUUAUAUGGUGCUUACUGUUAAUAAAGAUAUCAAGCAGGACUACAUGGUUGACGUAGUUCUUGGAGUUGAUGUCGACAAGUUCACUGACGUUGAUAAGAACGCCUUGAAGUUGCAUCUGGAGAUGAUGUUUCCAUCAAUGUUGGCCAAUGUGACCUCAUGCAAGGUCAUCUUUCACAGGGUCACUUCAGAAUUGGACACUAACAGAAUCUUCCUACAGAUGUACGUUCAGACAUCAGACAAGAAGUUGAGCAAAAAUUCAGAUGCAUUGCCGCACGGUAUCAACAACGAUGAAGACGACGGUGAUGUGAAUGAUAGAAAUAUCGGUAAGGGUAUGGAGUGGAAGAUGAGGGAUAGUGAUGAAAUAGUGAGGGUGAUGAAGAUGAAAUACACAGAAGGAUAUAUACUGGAGUUCCCAUUAGUUAGAAUUCUUCCUGUCGUGUGCCACAGCGCAUGCUCGGGUCAUGGCAAGUGUGACCAGGUCACCAAAUUGUGUCAGUGUGAUACUUUCUGGACGUCUAACUGGUUGAGAGCUCACUAUGGCAUUCAAGAAUCCAACUGCGAAUGGAGUCUGUUGUACGUGAUAAUCGUCAUCGUCGUCAUCGUCGUCGUCGUCGUCGCCCUCAUCUGGUGUGUGGUGUGCGCCAUAAGGAGGCGUUUCUUCAGGAAGGACUUCAAAGCCGGCAAGGCGCAGAGUUCGCUGAAGAGGAGACAUCGUUACAAACUUCUGGAGGAGGCGCACAAUGGAGUUGGUCCCGUGGCAUCCAGUGCUCACCUCAAUGGCACUCUCAAUCAAACUCAUCCUACAAAGCUUCGGGUCAGCAGGAGCGUGGUUUCAGAUUCUGACACAUCAAGUGAGGAGACAGUCUUCAUCAACAACAACAAACUCAACACCAACAACGUCAACAACAACAAAUCAUCCGUCAACAGUGCCGACCAUAUUAUUGAAGCUAAUGGAAACCAAGACAUCGGCGGUGCCGUCAAUUCGGAUGAUGAUAAUGAUGAUGAUGAUGAUGAUGACUUGUUCAACGUGGUUGGCAUUGAUGACGACAACAAUGAUGGUGAUAAUGAGAAGAGACCACUCAAUAAGAAAGAUGGCGACGAUUAUGAAGCUGACCACGUUGCAAAGAAGUCCACAAAUUUGAUCAGCUCAAAAACUGCUCUGAAAAAUUUAAUUUCGUUGCAGCAGUUGAACAAGCGAGCUCUUUCAACUACAUUCCAACAGCAUAGGAACAAUUGGCUCGAAAAUCAACAGAAACAAAUGCAACUGAAAGAUCAACAACAACGACAAUCACAACAAAUUCAGCAUCAGCUUCACACAUCUCAUCAACUACAGUCUCAGCAACAACUUAACCUGCAACAGCAGCAACCUUUUCUACAACAACCUACACCGCAACAACAACAACAACCUACCCUGCAACAGCAGCAACCUUCUCUACAACAACCUACACCGCAACAACAACAACAACCUACCCUGCAACAACAACAACCUUCUCUGCAACAACAACGACCUUUCACAGAUUUCCAGCAACAACAUCUCCAUCACCAACAAUCGUUGUUGUUCAACACACCGCACACAACAUCUGAUACAUCUGUCGUCAACUUGUUAGCCACGUGA